UUUCUGAGACCUUUUUUCCACGUGGGAAGUGCUAUUGAGGAAAGAAACACAAGUUGUUAUGUUUUAAUGAUGUUGCAGGAGAUUGAUUUGAGUAAAAUCCAGAUGAUUUUAUGUAUAUUGACCGUUUUGUGACGAACAUUUUCCUAUUUAACUGUCCAUAACCUCUUGCUGAGGAAAACAAACAAUAACGCUUCAGAUGGAUUCCUCUACGAAAAGAAUAUUUGUUGGUGGUCUUUAUAACAAUAUAACUGAGUCAGAACUUAGUGAAAGAUUUUCAAAAUUCGGCAAUGUUGACAAUAUUGAAAUCAAAACCAAGAAAAACAGCGAUGGAAUUCCAGAGAAUACAUUUGCUUACCUUGAUGUCAAUACUACAGAUGAAAACUUAAAAAAGUGCUUCUCUGUACUGAACAGAAGUAGGUGGAAGGGCAAGGAACUGAAAAUACAACAUGCAAAGGCAGACUUUAUGAAAAGGUUAAAGGAAGAGAGAGAAAAUAACUUUGAGAAGGCGGAAAAACCAAAAACCAAGAAAGUGGUAUAUCAGGAUCCUCUGGAGGGGGUAGCUGGUGUGGACAACUUCCACAUGAAAGGCGCCGUCCCUGGCACUCCAGUUGAUGUAGAGGAAAAGAAUUGGGUGGUUGGAAAAUAUGGCCGAGUGUUACCCAUUGUCAACAUUCGAAGACGAGACAAGAGGAAGUUCAUGACGGUUGACCCUUCAAAGUUUUGCCACAAUUCUAAGAGGAUAAAAGAGGAUGACAUGGAAAACUCAGAUACAGGGGUCCAGAACCUGACAUGGAAAAUAGAUACAAAGGACUCUGAGGUGAUCAAACGCAGGAAAGGAGAAUUCCCGGCAUGGAAGCAGAAGAAAAAGAAACAAACAGCUGAUGCAGACAUGAAAUUGCUUGCCAAUUACUAUGAAUCUUUCACUAAAACUAAUGCUGAGAAUACAUCUAAUAAUACUGACUUUGAGGUGGUUCCAAAAAGUUUCCUGAAAGUUCCCCAGAAGAGUAGUUACUUCAGUGAGGACAGUGAUUCUAAUGAGGACAGCACAGAGAACUGUAAAACAAGUACUCCAUUUCCCAGUCCUUUACCCAAAUUACAGCAAAAAGCAACAGUCAAAACAGGAAAGGACCACAGUGUUAAACAGAGAAAUGACAGUACAGGAAAACAAACAAUGCUGCCAGACCCAAAAUGUACUCCUAUAAUGAAACCAUUGGGUAAGGGACAAAAGGACAUAGGUGAUAAACCAGUGGGAAAUGAAGAUAAUUCAAAGUCAUUAAGUCCGUGUAAAAAAACAGUUACUCUGAAGAAUACUUCAGUGAAGUCAGUAACGUCUAAUAUCUCUUCUGCUAGUUCCUCUCAGAAAACAGUGUCCAGGAAAUCUGUGCCUGAUCAAAAUUCUACCAGUACUUCAAAAAUGUCAAAAGUACUGGCUGAAGUAGAAGAGCAACUUCAUGAUCAGUCUUUAAAGCCAAAAGGAGGACAGGUUGAAAAGACUGAUUUUUCAAACCCUUCUGUGAACAAGUCUUCUAACAAAAGGACAGACAGUUUCACUGAGGGGAAGAAAAGUUUAACAAAGAAACCUAAACUACAGGCCUUUGGUGGAACUAGAAAUUUGUAUGACAAUCCGUCAUCUGAGAGCCAACAGAAAGUGGAGUCUGCUGCACCAACUAGUACAGCCAGCCCUAGUUCAGUAAGUGCCCCAGCUGAACCUCACAAAGAGGCCAUGUUGGGAGUGAAGAGAACACUUUUCCAAACCUCGAUGUUGAAAACUGCACCGGAAAAGGAGAAAGAAGUGCAAGAGGAUUCUGAUGGAGAGUCUGUGUCGUCUACCGAUACAGAUGUAAUCAUUGCCUCGGCCAAGAAACAGCGGGGAGGGGGCACUGUGAUGGGAUAUGGAUCACUAGAAACACCUGUAUCUCUCCAGGCCUCCCUCGCCGACAGUGUCUACAGCGAGUUUGGUGGAGGGCUGGUGGACGGAGAGGUAUCGGGUCAAGCUAGCUGGAUGGAAGUGCACGACAAUUAUGAGGCAAAUGACAGUGAUGAUUCGGAUGAUUUUGAAAAGCUCGCUGUAAAAAUAUUAAAGAAAACUCAACAGACAAACCUUUUAGCUUCAAAUAAAGGUUUUGAAAAUAAAGAUGGCAAGACUAAGGAAAAGAUAGUGCAGAAUUCUGAAAUUGAAAAUUCCAAAGAUUCAGACUCGGACACUGAAAGUGAUGAUGAAAAUACCGAUACAAGUGAUAGUGGUGACGACGAUGAAAGUAGUAGUAGUGUUGAUGAUGUUGAUGAUACAGACCAAGAGGAGGAAGAGGACAGUGAUGAAGAGGAUAGCACUAGUAGUGACGAGGAAGAUACAGGGGUAAAUAAGGGUGUAUUGAAAAAUACAGAGAUCAGCAAGGAGGUAAAGAUCAGGAAGGGGAAGCAAGACCAACAGGAAGACAGUCACGCCGCAGGGGAGGACAAAGAUAAGCGAGGAGCGCAAGAAAGAACAGAGAACUCUGCUUCCGACACCAAGGAAAAUAAAGGAAAGACACAAGACAAGGUGGACCAAAAGAGGCUGGCUAUUGAGGCGAACAGGAAGAAGCAGGAGUCACUACGGCUGAAACAGGUGGAAUACAACGCCCGGAGGUCUAUCAUCAAACGCGCCCUGUCAGCAACGGACAACACAAAGAGGUCCAACAGGAUUGUGUUUGACUCGGACGGUGAUGACGAUACUGCUCAGAAACCCGUCACUAAAACUACAGCUUCCCAACAACCUGACAAGAAACCCUGGGACCUAGAGGACAGUGAUGAGGGAGAUGAUAGUGAAGAUGACAGCAGCGAGGAGGAGGAGAGCGACGAGGAAAGUGAUGAAAAACUCCAGUCUGUGGGAGCUUCUGCAGCAGAGAAGAAGGAAAAGAUGUCCCUGUUUGAGGAAUCCUCAAGUGAAGACGACGACAGUGAUGAGGAUGCCUUCGAAAAUAAACCCCAGUUUGAAGGAGAAGUGGGAUCUAAGUUGAUGAAGCUGCAAAUGAAAUUCUCCAGUGACACCCGGUUCAAAAUCGACAAGAGAUUUGUGGAGAGUGACGAAGAGCAGGAUGACGGAGAGGGCAGUAACGAGGAGGUAGAAGAUGAAAAGAUGAGAAAUCUGAAGGUACUACAAGAAGUGGUAGGAGUUCAAGUUGCCGUGGUAACUGACAAGAAAGACCGGUUGAAGAAACAAUUCAAGGAUAUAUCAGCUUUGCAGUAUGACCCUAGUAGGGAAGACCACAAAAACUUUGAAAUCCAGCCAACCACAGAUGCAGGUCAAAAGAAAAACAUAGUAGACAAAAAGAAUAAGUCAAAGAAACAGAAAGCUGAGGAGGGGGCCGAGACAGAGGAAGCCGAACCUUUACCUGUCGUCAGCGGUGAAAAGUUUUAUGAAGUCAGUUCUGCACUAGAUAAUGCCUUUAAGACGUCUGAUGACAAUGACAGCAAAACAGAAACGGGGGAGUUUUCCCUGUUGGCUGCUUUUGGCAGGAAAGUAGAGGACCAUGAUGAUGCUGAAGAAAUACAUGAUGAACCUACAGCACCCACUAAUAAGUGGAAGGGAUUAAAUGUCCAAAACAGUAGUGACGAGGAAGACUUGAGUGAUGGUAGCGACGAGGAGAAAGACACUGAAGGAGGAGGAGAGGGUUCCAAGCAAGAGGAGAAAUCUGUGUCUGUUACAAAAAACAAAAACGAUUUUUUCUUUACGGAAGACGACGAGCGAAUCAAAGAGGGGAUAGCAAGCUUUUGUAGACAGGAGGAUAUAGAGGAGAUCCGCGAACAUUGGCAGGAACGGAGACCUGACCUCAUCAAGGCCUACCAUGCUAAACACAAGAGAGCUGUGAGGAAUAAACGAGCACUAGAGAAGAAAAAGAUGACGGCGAAACGACAAUAAGGAUGUUAUCUGUUCUCACGAUGUAAAUCUAUUUUAUUCAAGAAUACACUCAAUGAUUUUGAAGAUUAGGAUAUUUAUAUUAUUCUAUUACUGUAAUGGAUAAUUUUGUACAACUAAUUGUUUUUGUCGUACUUAUUCAGCUACUAAUGAUGCUCAUGUGCUGAUGAUGAAGGAAGGGAUUCGUAUCAUUUGUACAAGAGAAAGAAAGAAUGAAUAAAUUCAUAUUUAAG